AAACGCACGGGUCCCUCGGGAGUGAGGGCUGCUUGUGAUAUAUGCCUAUGCUCCACUAAAGCAAAACUGUGGGUUGGGAUUUCUUCUGGAGAAGUAGGCUACCACGGAAGUUUGAAGCCACUGAAACGUACUUAAGUAUUGUAAUUUGCGAGAUUUAUUGUUACCUUUAUUAAUGCCAAAGUACCCUACAAUAAUGACAACUGCAAUGUAGCUUUUAGAAGGAGAUUAAACAUAGCUGAAUUCAAAUGUUCAAGUGAUAGUCUAUUGAAAAAGUACUGUGGAGAAACCGGAGAUUUUACGCACGCUGCUUCUUCAGAACCAAUGCUGUCUAGUCUUCAAUAAAGUUCGUGUAACCAUAUCUAAAUGGUGUCACCGGACGUGUUUGCACUAUAAUAAACGCUGUAAACUUUCCUUGUGGAAUGCACCCGAGUGGGGAAAACGAUGGCCUUGAGAGUGUGGUCCAAGAUCUGCUGCAAGAGGUGGGCAGUGUGGGCCUUCUUCCUCCUCUUUACCCUGUCUGUGGUGGUGAUCAACACCCUCCCCUUCCCCCCCUCUGAGCCACGUAGGCUGCCCUCACGAGGCCUGAGCUCUGCUGGAGCCGAAGGGUAUACAGCGAGAGCUAGACCCAGGGAAAGGGCCUCAUUGGCCCCUCACUACCAACACCAUCUUCCUCUACCCCUCAACGGUCAUAGUGGAGGUUGGAAACAGAGUGACAAAGUCAAAGAGUCCUCCAAGCAUCACCUGGUCAUGGCCCAGCCCGAACUGGAUAGGAGAGCAGCUAGCAUGACAGAUGAGAGAACUCACAACAACUACAAGAAGAAUCGUAAAACUAAGGGCAUCGCCUCCAAAAGGAAAAAGAAGAAAGAGAUGCUGCCAAGUUCUAGUAGAGUGAAACAACAUAAUAUCCAGCCAUUGACAGUCAAUGCUGUGCUAAUAAGGCAUGAUGGAAGACAUCUAACCAACUACAGUGGUUCAGAGCUCUCCACCCAGCCACCACCUCUUCCCAGACAAGGGAACCUCCACCCAGCCGUGACCCAGACUGUAGCGCACAGCCAGAGCCGCCCUUCUACUGCCGCCCUUCUACUACUCGGCCUGUCUGACUCUGAGCACAAAUGUACUCCAGAUGAACAGAGGCAGGACCAGGGGCACACCAGGCAGACAGGGCAGGCAGGGAAAGCAGGGAGGAAGAACCUAACCAAGCAGCAGGCUGUGAAAAAGGUCCCCAGAGAACUCAGGAAACGUAACAGACAGCCUUCGUCUGGGCGUAAAAUGACCCGACCCACAGCAGAAACAGCAGCAGAGGCAGAGAAAGGGAGUGAGGGGGAGGCCCACUGGUGUAAGAUGUCAGCUGGAGAGAGGGAGUUCCCAGACACUGACACACGGAGAAUAAGGACUGAGGACACUGACUCUGUAUCAUGGCUCAGCAAGGACGAUAUUCACAAGAUGGAGUUCCUCUCGGGCAGCGAGGUUAUCAAUAAGGCCAGGGUCCCAGCCCACGGACAGGUCCUCCAUGUAGGGCUGGGUGCCCCUCAUCAUCCCCCUUCUCCUGGGGCUCCAUUGGCUGACCACAGUGGGCACUGCCAACAGGGUCUAUGUGCCCUGAUCAAACGUCCAGACGACUGGUUCGAAGUCUUCGCUUUCCAUUUAGACCGUGUUCUCGGCUUGAACAGGAGUCUGCCCACAGUGUUCAGGGCCUUCCAUAGUGACAUCUUGCCUUAUAAAUACACCAGAGGGGCAGCCAGACCCGUUGUGUGGUGGGACCCAGGCAUCCAGCACCUGGCUGAUGAUGACAAUGACCAGAACUCAUUCCCUCUCACCUGGCCCCAGUACCAGAGCCUGCUGAGGGCCAGGUGUGGCAGUGGCAGCGGCAUGGCCCUCAACGAGACCCCCUGUGUGGGGGUUCACCAUGCGGAGUGGGGGCGCCUGGCACUCUUUGACUUCCUCCUACAGGUGAAUGAUCGUCUGGACCGGUACUGCUGCGGUUUCCAGCCUGACCCAGCAGAACCAUGUGUGGAGAACCUGCUACAUACCAAGUGCAGGAACUCAAAGGAUCUAAUGCUGGUGCACAUCCUGGUGAGGAGGGUAGAGCCUACCAGACUGGUGUUUAUAGACAAUGCAGGCAGGCCAAAUCAUCCCCAUGACAACCUCAACUUCCGCUUAGUAGAGGGCAUCGAUGAGUUUCCAGAGAGAGCCGUAUCAGUUCUCCAGUCUGGCUGUUUGGAGAGCAUGCUCCUGAGUUCCCUGUAUAUGGACAAGGAAUUCUGGGAGAGCCGAGGGGGGGCACGUGGCCUGAAACCUCUCAUCCACACUGUUGAGCAGAGAGGGAGGAUUCUGCUGCAGCACAUCCACGACAAGAGACUCAGACUGAACAGGGAUUUAUGAAUCCAAUGGCCCAGAAGGCACCUAGCAGCACAUUAAUUUCAUCCAGGCAGGGGGUGCCUGUGACAGACGUGGAAGCCUCCUCAAGGUCCCAGCCAGCCUAAAGACACAGGGUGUGUCUUAAAUGGCACCCUAUUCCCUAUAUAGUGCACUACAUAUGACCACAGCCCUUCAUUGUCUAUAACACCCUACGGGCCCUGGUCAAAGAUAGUGCACUAUAUAGGGAAGAGGGUGCUCUUUGGGCCGCAGAUACAGUAUCCCGUUCCAUGCUGGUUGUGGUUCCCAUCCAUGUUGUAUCCAUACAUCUUGCCAACAUCCCUCAAGCCAAGCAAAUUAUUUUAUUGAAAUUGCACCGUCUUCUUCCCUGCCUGUUCAUGAGGUGAGUUUUGUAUUUUCUAAUAAAAAAUUGCAGAUUGAAAGAUGUAUUUAAUGUCUGUUAUAUGAGAUAAGUGUUUUGUUGUAAUCUUAAAAUGAGAGAUUUUAGAUCAAUGAAUAGCUUCUGAACUGGAUCCAGGCUUCUUGUCGAUCCUUUUAUAAGAUUGUGCUCCUAAGACAAUGAUGAGGAAACCCUCUCAAUUGAGUUAAAGGAACACAAUUAUUAUUAUUAUUAUUAUUAUUAUUAUUAUUGCUGAACAUUGGACUUAUUGCCUAUGUUCCCGGACAUUUAGACAAUGUUGACUCCACGCCAAUUAAUGAACAAUGGACAACAUAUUGAAGUGACCUACAGACUGGGGUUGCUUCCUUGUGGGGAUACAGCACAUUGCAUUCCUAUGGGCUAAACUGUUUAGGAUAGAUGGCCAGUCCCAUAGACUUCGACACAAUUCAUUUAUUUAACAUGUUUUUCUAUGUUUAAGGUAAUUUAAACCAUAUUGAUAAUACCAAUUAGGAUAUUUUACUGUUUAGGCUUGCAUGCAUGUUGUUAUAUUUAGCCUACUUACUGACUCAAGACAUUUCAGCUUUUCAUUUUUAAUUCAUUUGUAAAAAAUUCUAAAAACAUAAUUCCACUUUGACAUUAUGGGGUAUUGUGUGUAGGUCAGUGACACAAUCUAAAUUGAAUCCAUUUUAAAUUCAGGCUGUAACACAACAAAAUGUGGAAUAAGUCAAGGGGUGUGAAGACUUUCUGAAGGUACUGUACACCUCUAUUUUCUUCAAUCAAGAACCUAGAAAUUGAACAUAUGAGCUUGUCUGACCACCACACUUACUACUUUAAAUGUCAGAAUCUCCUAAAAGAGACACAAGCUGGCGUUUAAAAAUGUCAUUACUACAAAAUCCUACUUUCUGUAAUCAAUUUGAAAUUGAACUAAAUAAAUAAAUAAUUAUCAAUAAAAAUGUGGUUAAUGACCCUCAGAUUCUAUGGGAUACCACCAAAGGUUUUAUUAAAAAUAAUGCAACUGAAUUUGCAUCUGGGUUGAAUAAAUCCCAAUAAAAGAAGAUAUCAGAAUUGGAAAGGUUGCUGACUGUAUCAGAGCGUUCUAAACAAACGCUAUUACUCUUUCCAAAGUUAAGACAGAAUUUAAUUUAUUGAUAAGACAGAGACCAUCGAGUAAGACUCAACCAUCACUUCCAUGGUAAUCGUCCUAGUUGUUUACUGGCCAACAACCUACGCAGUAAUGAUCAAUUAGCUGAUAUAGUGUUACGGGAUUUUUGUGUUUAAUGACUAAAAUAUGUAGACAUUUGACUUAGAAUUAUAACUAAACAGAAUACUACUAUAUUACUGUAAGAAUGAAUCUUAUUAUAAUCUUAAUGUUGAAUGUUAUGUGUUCCUUGUUAGAAAGAAUGGGUUUAUCUUCAGACAGGCUAGAAUGAUGUCUCUACCCAGGGAGGGGAAAGACCUUGGGUUGGUUGCAGAUAGUUUAACAGGUGGCAGACAGUAAUGAGAACUCUAACUAUACUGCCAUUGUAUCCGAGAGGAGGAUGGACAUUAAAACCUAUGACAUCAUCUUUAUUAUAUAACCUGAUGUAAAAUGUAUUAUGAUCAGUACUCUCGAGAAUAAACGCUAUUGAUUGAUUGAUUUUAA